AAAACCGGUCGGAUGUGUGCCCCAAUUAAACGAGACAGUUUUCAAAAUUCUGAAGAAUACACAGCAUUGGAUGGUAUUGAGAAUGCGAAACUGACCUGUAAAUGUGGGAUGAAUGUUAAAAAGUGA